ACGCUUCUCAAGAUUCCAGAAAAGUAUGAGUUACUGUGUGAGUUCUUGGAUAGCAUGGAGAGCUCCAUUCGUUUGCUUCGGCAGAAAGGGUUGAUGUCCACAUUCCCCAACAUCUGCACCACUAUUCAGAGUUUGAUGGACAGGAGGUUCACUUACGUGCAUUUGGCACGGUUGAAGCACAUUAUGCCGGAAGCUAUAAUGAUCAAGAAGGUGCUUUUGCAUGAUGUCGCUACUUGCUCUCUCAAGACAGAGCUGCAGGUGACACUGCGAGUCGAUGCAGUAGCAAGGAACAUGCAGGGAAAGAGUGAAACUGGGCGUUCGAUCUUGCCGGCAGUGUUCAGGGAAAGGCUUGUGGAGUUCUUCAAAAUCCAUCCUGAGGGAGAUGAGGUUCCAGUUGAGCGGCUGCCACAUCCAUUUAAUCUGACAGAGAUCAGUGGACACCCGAGAGUGAACAUCAAUACUGAAUCCUCGUCAAAUGCUGCUGUCCAGCAACAAUUUCUGGUGCCGUCUCACUUGUCCCAAUCUUUUAAUAUCCUUAAUCCACAUAAAACUCCUCUGAUUUCUCCUGUAUCAACAACCUUAUCAAGCAUAUAUGGAGGUGGUGAGAAGGAUGCUGCAGGGUUGUCCAGAACUGAUUACUGUUCUCAUGAGGAAUCAAAAGUUCAGUUGGAAACUCCUUCAAAACUCAUGUUCACUCCAUUAACGUUAAUGACUGACACGCCGGAAAUUCCAGUGUCAAAGCGAUGUCGGACAACCGCUGCUUGUGAUUCCACACCAUCGAACAAGUCUGUGAGGCGAUCGACCCGAACAAAGUUGUUUAUGACUCCAGAAGAGAGUGCAGAAGCAGGGGAAAAGGAGAGUGGUGAUAGAAUUUUGUGUUCCAGUUAUGACAUUCUCAGUUUUCUACCAGAAACUCUCUUGCACUCUAUCAAGGAGAAAGAGCAGAAGACAAUGCAGGAGAGGGAGCCUGGCUUUGCCAUUGCUAUUAGAAGGAAGAAGUUGAUAGCUUCCUUGCCUACUAUUUUUGACAUGAUCUUACUCAUAUUUCAGUCAUGGAAGCGGUCCGUCAUGACAAAGCAAGACUUAAUUCAUAAGUUAGUAUCAACUCACUGUAAAAUAGUCGAUCAAGAUGAGGUGGAGGACCAGUUAAAACUAUUGUUAGAAAUACUUCCAGAUUGGAUCUCCAAAAAGAUUGCCUGCGAUGGCGACAUUCUCUGUUGUCUAAGUAAUGUAUCAAACAUAGACGAGAUUCGGCAAAGGUUAUCAGAAGCAGAGUAG